AUGUCUAGGGCUGCAAGGGUCCAGGCUGAGCCGGGUUACAUCGCUGGGGGUUGCAGGACAGCACCGAGAACAACUGAGCACAAGCCAGAAAAACUGCGAGAAUUGAACGAGUUUAGGCACCAUUCUCGCAAGUCAUCGGCCCUGGACAGCAGAGCUUCCCCCUCGACCAUUGCCUUCAGUGAACUAAGCAGGCAAAAACGACUUGAAGUUGAAUGCUUCGAUCCCUGGCACACGUUUGCUGAGGACUCUAGAACGCAUCUUCCACCAUAUCUUCAUCUAAUAGAUAGUCUUUUCAAACAUGAAACACUAAAAAAGGAUGAAAUGAAGUUUAAAAAAAUGGCAAUGAAGGAAAUCAUGGAGCUGAGCAAAAAAAUAAAACAAGCUCAAAUCCAGCAGGAACAGCUCCAAAAGGACAACAGGCAGCUAUACGCUGAAAAGAUACUUGUCCAGGCUGAAGACAAACUCAUUAUGGAAUAUCUGACCAACAAAACUGAGGAGUACAAAAAGCAACCCAAAAAACUAUGGAAUGACUAUGUACAAAAAUGUGAGGAGAUUGAACCCUGGAGGCAGGAAACUGCUUCCAGAUAUGCAAAAAAAACUUCAGUGCUUAAAGCAGAGAUACUGAAGAAGGAGAAGACACAUGCCCUUUUGAAGGAACAGUUAAGGGCAUUGGAGGACAUUUUACUAUUAAAGGAAAAGCAGAAGAUAGAGAUUCAGACAUUGGAGGAAGAGAAAAGGAAAAUCCAAGAUGAGACAGCUACAAAGGCCCGAGAAGUGCAGAGACAGCUUCUCCAGGAAAAAGCAUUCCUAGAAAAACAAUUGAAUCAGCCAGACACAAGCCAGCUGGGAAAGGUAAAAAGGGAGCUUCAGAAGCAUAACCAGACCUUGGAGUUGGCAGCGAAGCAGUAUAUGUUCGAGUUCUCCCGUGGCCUCCACAUAAAGGGACAACACUUACAAAAGGAUCUGCAGCAGCUAAUUCAGCAAUCCCAAGAGCUGAUGGCUUGUCAAAAUCAGUUGAAAAACAGCAAACAGCAGCUGCAGCAGGAACAGUGGUAUCUGGAAGGCUUAUUCCGGGGCAGGCAACGGAUGCAACGCAGGCAUAGUUGCUGCGUAAAAGGACAGGAUGCUCCAAAGACCCACACUUCCCCUCCUCUAGGCACCAAAUCAAAGAUUAAUCUCAAAUAA